AUGGAGGCCCUCUUAUCACUACCGAUGCUAUCCGUCUUCCUAAUUCCAGUCCUGUCAUCCUACAGCACCAGCCUAAACCUCCUCUUCUUCUACAUAACUUGGUCAACGCUAGUACUGUCACAUUCCCGACUCCGCGUGGAGCUUUUCGGAACGAUCGCCGUGCGCAUGCUAUUCUAUGUAUUACCGUCCAUUAUCUUCUUUCUCUUCGAUAUCCUGACCCCGUCAGCUGCGGUUCUCAUCAAGGCACAUGGCACGACCGGCUUGCCAGGUGGGAAGAGGCGACGUCGGAUCCGCGCGAAGGAAUUCAAGGUCGCCGGGUGGGCACUGUUCAAUUUAUUCUUGAGUAUCGCUGUGCAGGGGGCACUUGAGAUGGUACUUGUCCAGACGCUCGGCAAGCGCAGUGCGCUGAAAGUAUCGCUGAAGCUUCCUAUGCCAUUUGAAUUCCUCACAUAUUUCAUUCACCGCUACGCUCUUCACUCAAGGAGGUCUCCUCUGCUUGCCAAAUGGCACCGGUCUUGGUAUCAUUCGUUGGUUGCUCCGUUCCCAUUGAGCGCGCAUUACGACCACCCGAUCCCCUACCUGAUUCUCAAGUUCAUCCCGACCUAUGCGCCGGCCAUCAUCUUCCGCUUCCAUAUGCUCACGUAUCUCUUGUACCUACUGUUUAUCUCUGUUGAGGAGACCUUCGCAUACUCUGGAUAUACUGUCAUGCCGACAAAAUUCUUUUUGGGUGGGAUCUCCCGUCGCGCAGAUAUGCAUCUGUUGAUGGGUGGAAGGGGGAAUUAUGGCCCAUGGGGUAUUAUGGAUUGGAUUUUGAGUACCGCUGUUGGAGAAUCGACUAGCGAUGGGAAUUCGAGCGAGUCGGCAGAUGAGCAGGAUAUUCGUAAAGCGUAUGAGGCUGCGAAGCGGAAGGCUAUCAACCCUUCAUCAAAGCCAAAGGGGCGACGAUGA